AUGUCAGGGGACGAACCUAUUUCCAGCGCACAGGUCGCACAACAGCGCAGGCAAUAUGGUAUAGGACUUCUGCUGUUACUUAUUGUAGUUCUGGAGUGGACUGGCUCCAAUUUCUUGACGCAGAAUCUCUUUGAAGAUGGCUACAACAAACCCUUUUUUGUAACGUAUAUGAACACGGCCUCGUUUGCACUCUACCUAAUACCGGCUUUGGCCAAGCAUGCUCUUGGGGAAAGGAACUCUGCAAAAAGAGACCAUGUAAGGGAGGGAUACCAGGCACUGGUUGAUGACGAUGAGUCUGGAGUAAACGAUGAAUGUUCUACCGACCCAGAAGUGACCACCCCCACGAGAGAUUCUCCGCUGACUGUUCCGGAAACUGCCAGACUUGCGUCAAUAUUUUGCGUAUUUUGGUUCGCUGCCAACUGGACUGUGAACGCAUCGCUAGGGUUUACGAGCGUCGCCAGCACGACUAUCUUGUCCAGUAUGAGUGGGUUUUUUACGCUUUUGAUUGGUCGUGCGUUCAGUGUUGAGACGCUGAACCUAUACAAACUCGGAGCAGUGAUAGGUAGUUUUGCUGGAAGUGUGUUGGUUUCUUUGGCGGAUAGUCCCGGGACAGAAUCCCCCAUCACCGGUAGCCCGAGAUUCAACUCUGGCCACUCUCAUCCUCAAGCCAUCGUUGGGGACUUUCUGGCGCUUGGCUCGGCCUUAUUUUAUGCUCUAUAUGUCGUCCUGCUGAAAGUACGGAUCGGUGACGAAUCCAGAAUUAAUAUGCAGCUCUUCUUCGGAUUUGUUGGAAUCUUCAACGUUCUCGGGUUUUGGCCGAUCGGGGUGCUCCUACAUUAUACUGGAGUUGAAAUGUUCGAGCCUCCGAGUUCAAGGAAAGCCUUGUAUGCCGUUCUAUUGAAUAUGUUCAUUACCCUAUCUAGCGACUUCAUUUACGUGCUGGCGAUGCUUAAAACAACCCCUUUGGUUGUUACCGUUGGAUUGAGUUUGACCAUUCCACUUGCCGUUGCUGGAGACUUGUUCUUAGGGACUUCAACUUCGGCUCAGGCGAUUGUUGGGGCAACUACCGGAGCCCUUCAUAACGAAAGCGAUAGAGGAAGGCCGACUGAAAGGCAUGAUGGGCAACGUCAAGUCCCACCAUUUAGUCACCUUCAAGAUGACGAAGAUCUCCGAAAAUCAGUCGAAGCAAUAUUUGCGUCAAGACGAGAACAAGCUCGACGAAUCAGACGGGAGUCCGGCCGAACAGAGUCUGGAACUACCCAGGAAAUAAACAACCAAGGGGGCACAAGUGGCGGAUCCAAUCUACUUGAACGUGGUCGAAGCCGAACUCGCAGUGGAACUUUCAGACGGGAGAGAGUAUCCGGCAGCCUUCGAAGAUCUCAGGAACGACGGACGAGGUCAAGAACUGGGCGGAAGAGUAGCUCAGAGCGCGAUGAUGCCAGUCGCGGAGAUUUCCGAGCGCAGGGAUGGAAUUACGACGAAGCUCUUUUGUCGGACUCUGAGGAAAAUACAGAAGAAUCGCCCGAUACUCCAAUACGGAAAGACACCCAAGGCGAAUCCGUGUUCACGUUUGAUGGAGAGUCGACCCUCUCGGCUGCCCUCGCAGCUCUAACUUCAUGGACGUGGCCAGAGGCCUUUGAAUGGCUUCAAGAUCGUGCUAGCAUCCUAAUACUAGAAUUGAGCCGAGCCCCGGGUUCCCUAUGGAGUGAAAUUGUGGAUUCGCCUCCCAGUCCUCAAGAUCAUCCGGAAUAUGACUGGGAGGCGGAGGUACGACUAGGAGAUGAAUUGUGCAUUGCCGAACGGGCGUUCCUUCGCAGUCGACGACGAAAAAUGCGAGCUGCAUUUGCUAGGUUAUUCGGCGUACCCAUUCAAGAGAUAGACGAACGCGAUCUUCCUAUUGUUGCAAUUGCAGCUUCAGGCGGAGGGUUUCGUGCAAUGGUGAAUACCUCUGGUGCUUUGAAAGGGGCUGAAGAUACUGGUAUCUUGAAUUGUACUUCAUACAUUUCAGGUAUAUCGGGGAGUUGUUGGGCUUUGGCGAUGAUGUAUAGUGGCGUUGUCGGAAGUCCGUCUCCAUCCGAGGUUCUGAAACAUCUCCGAUCUCGCAUUCAGGUUCCUUACCUAGAUAUGAGGAACUUCGAUAUUAUCAUCACCCCUCCUUUCAAUAAAUACCUCCUGGGUGGAAUCCUGCAUAAAGCGACUGCUCCUGAAUGGGGCAAUACAUUUAUGGAACCCUUCUCUCGGCGCGUCUCUCGUCCCGAGGACGCAAAGAAGUUAGAUCCUCAUUGUCUAUCUUUACAUCAAUUCCGUCGAUUCGUUGACGAUGGGUCUUAUCCAAUGCCCAUCAUGACAGCCAUAUCUAGACAUCUUAGACAGGAUUUGGAAAGCCAAGAAGUCGAAGCAAAGAGGCAGGAACGAAGGUCUUAUGGACCAACUCGGCGGUUAAGAUUGAGGAAAGAGGCUGAAGAGCUGGAAGCACGAGCACGUUGGCUUUGGUUCGAGUGGUCACCAUACGAAGUUGGAUGUGACGAGCUAGGAGCCUGGAUACCAUCCUGGGCCCUGGGGCGGCGAUUCGAGAAUGGUCGCAAUGUUGAGAGACGGCUUGACCCUUCUGUCGGGAUCUUUGGGUCGGCGUUUUGCGCAUCCUUACAACACUAUUUCCUCGAAGUUAAACCGCUCCUACGUGAUUUACCUCUACCUAUCUUCAACUGGCUUAACAAUGUCCUCGUUGAGAAAGAGAAGGAGUUUGACGUCAUUCACCCAGUUCCACCAACCGGUCUUCCCAACUUUGUCAAGGGGCUCGAGGAUCAAUUAAGAUACGGGAGCCCUGAUGGCAUCACAGAAACCGAGACCUUGCGGUUUAUGGUGAGGAUGACUUUCUCCAUCGGAUGCCGGCGCCGAAUUAAACAUCCCAUACUACCCUCUAUUACGCCGUGGGUAGACUGCAUUAUUGCGUUGGAUGCGAGCGCGGACUCCCAGGAUUUAUGGUUCACUCGCGCCGAAGAGUACGCCGCCCGUCGAGGACUACAAACAUGGCCAAAAGCCCGUUGGCCCAAGAUCUUGCGACCCACAGUCCGGGGCUCGGAUGUCCCAGUGCUCAGUGUCAAGACUCAAGGAUACCAAACGAUAGCGAAGGCGAACUACAUUGGCAUCACAGCUCCUAUGGGAACGUGCCACAAUGGUCCAUCAAUGGUAAGGCGAUGCUCGGAACCGGGCCAAAGACCGAGACCCGACUCUCACAAAAAGGAGACCUUGGACGAAUCGGUGAUAGAAGACCAAACCCUCGAGUGCCUACGUUUUGGAUAG